UCAUUAUAUACACAAUUCACUCACUUCUAUCACACAAAAAACUGAUUUUUUAAUAUGGAAGAGAUUUCACCAUUGAAGGAGCACAGCCAAGGAUCAGAUGAUAUUGAUGACUAUGUUGUUGAAGAUGAAUCACCAAGUGGGUGUGCUUGUUUCAAGUUCUUUAGCUUCAAGAAUCAUCGUCGAAGCAACGACAACAACGAAUAUAACCAUCUAUUGAACCAGAGAGAAGAAAACAGAGAGGGAUGGUGGGCGGAGAAACUGAGGAAGGUGAAGGAGACUACAGAGUUGGUGGCAGGACCAAAGUGGAAGAAUUUCAUUAGAAAGAUUGGUGGAUAUUUCAACAAGAAGAGGUUGCAGAGGAAUAAUAAGUUUCAGUACGAUCCACAGAGUUAUGCUCUGAACUUUGAUGGCGGUAUUGAUGAAGAAGAAGAUGAUGAUUUGAUUCGCGGCUUCUCUGCGAGGUUUGCUCCACCCUUUUCCGCUGAGAAACAGAGAGGAUCUUCUGGGUUGUGAUCGAUGGGACGGAAUUGGAAAUAUGAACAUACGUAUCUCUACAUUCAUUGGGCUUUAAUAUUCAUUGAUUCAUUUAUGGUAGAUUACUGUUAUUAUUCAUUGAAUUUCUCUUUUGAGAACAUUUGUUGAUUUCUUCCCAUUGCAAGUUAAUUUGAACAGAAAUGGAUACAAGUCAUAGUUGAUCAAAA